AUGACCCGAGUUCAUCCUAAAGGUUCAGAAACCAGAAGGCAAGUGAUAUAUGCUUUGAACACUAAGAAUGACGAGCAUGAGGCCAGUAUACAGGCUCUUAAAGAAGCCCAUCAAGAGGAAAUUCAGCGCCUCCUUGCUGAGACAAGGGAAACCAUUCUCCAAUAUAAAUGCAAAGUGGGAGACCAGCAGGAGCUACGAAAGCAUAUUCAGACCCUUGAAGAUACACUGGAGCAACACACGCGGCUAAAGGAGGAAGCCUUAGCAGAAUUUACCAUGGGCAAGAAGCAGGUGGAAGAGAAGGCAUUCAGAACAGAGGCAAACCAUACCGAAAGGAUCAUUACCCUUUCCAAGGAGAUGCUAGAUACGAAGACAGACUUUGAAAACAAGCCUCAACAUUUCAACCAGGAGUCCGAGAGCCUGGUAAAUGAAUGUAAGCCAAUUAGGCAAGAGAAAUUGGAUAAAAAGGAGACAAUAGAUGAAAAACGCAGCAUAGAGUUGCAGGCUCUAAUUAAUGAAAUGGAAAACCUCAAGAGGGAGAACCAGAAAAUAACUGAAGAAUAUGCUCAGAAAGCCAGCAAACUACAAGCCUCUUACAAGAAAGAAAAAGAGACUUUGAAAAAGGCCAUGCAGCAGUCAGUGGCCGAUACACAGAAACAGUGCCAGCAAAGAGCAACAGAGCAAAAGAAAAGCUCUGAGGCCCAGGAAGCUGCUUUGCGGCAGCAGGCGAAGAAGCUGGAGGCUGAGCUGGAGGUGAAAGGCCAGAAGAUAAAUGAGUUGAAGAAGCAUUCCCAGAAGCUGAAGGAGAGGAUGCAGGACUUGGAAAUACAGCUUAAGGAGUCUCAACAAGAGACUCUGGAGUCCAAAAGCACAGUGCAAAAACUGGAAGAAGAACUGACUGUAGCCAAAGAGAGGCUCAUGCUGCAGGAGAAUGAAAUACUGAGUAAAGCAGAAGAAAUGGAAACUGUGCUGAAUUCCCAAAGCAAAGCUGAGAAAGAAGUAGAUGAAUUGAAGAAUCAAAUAAUGCAGCUGCAGCAAAUGACCUACACCAAACAGAGCCAAACCAAGGAAGGCAGUGAAGCCACACAGGUGCUUACACAGCCCAUGGAAGCUGCAGCUACUGAAAUAGAAGAUAUAAAGCAACAGCACAAAGAAGAACUUCAUAAAAUUAAACGACAGUCAGAUGAGGAGAAAAUGCGUUUGAAGGAGCAGCUUGUGAAGGGGUUGGAAGAUCUUGUAAAGAAACACACAAUGGAAAUCAAAUCUGCUCAAACCUCCAUGGAAGCUGAAAGAAAAACAUUGCAGAAGGAGGUUCAGAUACAGUUAGAGGAAUUAAGAAAGAAUGCUGAGAAUGAAAUAAAGCAGCUAGAGAAGGAGAAAGAAGCCCUAAGUAGGAAACUUCAGGACUCUUCACUUGAGGUUUUAAGGCUUGAAGAUUUUAUCAGGCAAAAUCAGGAUAUUCCCAGAUACAAAGAAUUUCUUCAAUCUCACUCCAGAAAAAAUCAUGAGAGGCAACAGGAAUCAGAUGUUCCACAGUGUGGGCUUAGUGAGGUACAGGAUCCGUUUCUGCAGCAGAAAGACAGGUCUAAACCGCAGAGAGAAAGGGGCAAAGGCCAAGAGCCCUUAAGAGCACAGACAGGGACCAGAAAUGAAGCCAAGCCACGGCUGGAAAAUGCACGUGUCCCCAGAAGGGAAGACAGGCAGCCAUCUCUUACUUCUUUACAGAAAGAGAAGGCAAAAGAAGCAAAGGUUUUGCAGGAGGAAUGGCACAACCAAAAGACGGAUUUACAAGCUCAGGUUGCUCAGCUGAAGCAAACUUUAGACCAACAAGCAAAUAACUUCAAAGAAUCUCUGAAGGAGCAGACGCUACAGUCCAGCAAAGAAAAAGAGAAGCUUUUGCAGGAUCUUCAAGACACCAUUCAACAAAGCCAGACUGUUAAAGCACAGCUGGAGGCAUCACAUCAGAGAGCUCUACAAAUGCUAGAGAAAAGCAAAAAUCAGGAACUCAAGGAGGCAGAAGAACAUUUGAAGAAAAAAUAUGAUGACAGCAUCAAAAUCCAACAUCAGUCUCACAGAUUGGAAGUAAAGGCGUUGGAAGAGAAGGCAAAGGAAGAAUUACAGGGUGAACUUGAACGGAUACAAAAACAGCAAGCUGCAUUGAUAGGUAUAACGAGCCACGUGUCACACAGAGCUUCCUACUUCAUUAUAAUUUGA